AUGUUGCUCCCGGUGGAGAAGAACAGAUUUCAAUUGACGGCAGAUUAUAUCCGAUCGCAGGUGGACAAAUACUCCGAGACAGAUGGCGUUUUCCAGAAGGCCUUCCUAGCUGUAGUCGUCCUUGAAGGGCUGGAGGAAGAAUUCGUCACCGUCACACAACAGGCAAGAGACUAUCUCAACAGUCUUGGUGCAAGGAGCAUCAUCUGCACAUCCAACAAAAGUAUAUCACCAGGGCCAUACGUGAUCAUAGAUGGUCAUCUCAGGAACGCAUGGAAGGUUGUGGACGACAGCAAUGGAACUUGCAUGGUGACGGUAAAACCGCAGUCAAAGGCGUCGGAUGCUUUCCAGUCUUUUCCUCUAAAAGGUUCUGAUGAUCAGUUUUCUUGUUUCGCUCUUGAAUCCCGAAUCAAGAGCCAGUCCAAGUCAGGUGCUCCUCUUGCUGGAAUGCGUGUUGUGGUCAAAGAAAAUAUCCAUCUCAAAGGUAUCAAAACCUCAAUAGGUAAUAGAGCAUUCUAUGAAACCUAUGCACCGCAAGAUAAGACGGCCACAUGCGUACAAUUACUCAUUGACAAGGGAGUGAACAUAAUUGGCAAAACCAAAAUGAAUUCACUCGCUUGCUGGGAAGAGCCUGUUGAGUACAUUGAUUAUCAAGCUCCAUGGAAUCCACGAGCAGACCACUAUCAGUAUCCCGGGGGAAGCAGUUUCGGCAGUGCAGCUGCAGUAUCGACUUAUGAUUGGCUGGAUGUUGCAAUUGGAACCGAUACAUGGGGGAGCGUUACGAGACCUGCUUUUUUUGGCACGGUCUCCGCAGAAGGAAUUGAACCUUGCUGCCAGGCCUUUGAUACUGCUGGUAUUCUCAGUAGGGAUUUGAAAAUAUUCAUUGACUCCAAACAAACAAACAUUGCCCAAGCCUUUGCAAAACAGAUGAAAGAAUUCCUGGAGGCUACAUACAAAGAAGUGUCCUUCGAGGGGGAAUGGCGUCAGUCGCCACCUCCAGAAGGAGAUUCUACAUCACUGCCUGACUUCAUCAAUGACGCUGCUAACGUGCAGGAAUACGAUGCAUAUCACAAUCUCGACGAUUUUCGUAAGAGCUAUCAGGAUCAACAUGGACGACAACCAUAUGUUUCACCUCCGAAUCAAAAAUCAUGGCACUUUGCAAAGAAGAUUUCGAGAGAACAGAGAGAUGAGGGGUUCGGUCGACUCAAGGUUUACAAAAAGUGGUUCGAAGAUACGUUUCUCGCACUGAACGAAGCAAACACCCUUGUAAUUAUGCCUCAAGAGUCAAUGAGGGUCAGGUAUCGCGAUGAUACUCCCAGCUUCGAAAGGCCCCCACCAGGCGUCAAUUGCCUCGCCCUCGCUGCAGUUCUUGAAGCCCCGGCAUUAACGAUACCAACUACCUGUGCAGUCGCUGAGAUACCAUACACUUCACGCAUUUCUGGAAGGGAUGAGAUGUUGCCAUUUGCAGUGACAGUCAUGGGCAACGCCGGCACAGACCUCGCACUGUUGGAUACAGCGCUUAAAAUAUUGGAAGCAGCUGGUUUACCAACAACGCUGAAAACAGGAACCAGGAUGUUCUGCUAA